UUUGCCGACGACAUGAGGCGCGCGGCCGUCGCCUUCGCCGCCACCGUGGCCAUGACCAUGCAUGGCGCUGGCGCCGUCGAGGCCAUCGCGUGCUCCAGCUGCGUCUCCAUGACGGAGGCUCUGACCUUCUGCGGAAGCCUCCGGAGCUCAUACCCGGUGUGUGCCAUGCAAGGCAAGAGCCUCGAGCAGCAAGACGCGAUGGCAGCUGCCACCUUUGCCUUCCUCAACGCCACGCUGCGCGAGCCGAUGGGCGCCGACGCAUCUACAUGUAGCGCGUCGCUGAAAGAGAUCGCGUGCGCCAAGGCGUUUCCAGCCUGUGAACUCACCCAAGCGCGCCCGCUGUGCGCCACGGCGUGCCAAGCCAGCCUCAAGGCCAACUGCUCGAGCGUCGCGGCCAUGCUCAAGCCCGCCGCCGAGACAACUUGCGGCAAGAUCGACCAAGACAAGUGCAUCACCUUUGCGUACGCGGGGCCGAACCGUGGCGCGUGGAUCGCCGGCUUUGUCAUCUCGGUCGUCUUCUCGUUCCUCGCAAGCGUCGGUAUCAACUUGCAAAAGAAGGCGCUCAAGCAAAACGAGCUCAAGGCGCAGGAAAGUAACACGGCGCCGCUCUCACCGUUCCGCCUCCCGCUCUGGACGCUCGGGUUUGUCUUGAUCCUGAUCGGGUCACUCUUGGACUUUGUUGCGUUUGGCCUCGCGCCACAGAGCCUUUUGGCGCCGCUCGCUGCGUUGACGCUCGUCUGGAACAUGCUCCUCGCGCCAUGCUUCAACAAGGAGCGGCUUUCACGCAAGGACAUUUGGGCGACGCUCAUCAUCUUUCUUGGUGCGACGCUUGCGGUCGUCUUUGCCUCGCACAACUCGCCGUCGUAUACGCUCGACGACCUCAAGCUGCUGUACGACAACACGUACACCAUUGUCUAUUUUGUGAUUGUCGUGCUGCUCAUAUUACUGCACUACGCCAUGAUCAAGUUUGUCGAGCACCUCAACCUCGCAUCGAGCCGCCACCGCAUGAUCAACGUCGGACAACCCGCCAUGUGGUCGACCGUGCGCCUCGUUGCCUACUCGGGCAUGGGCGGGCUCAUGGGCGGGCAGUCGGUGCUCUUCGCCAAGUCGACAGCUGAGCUCGUCAAGUCGUUCAUCAACGGCGGCGACUGCUUUACGCACCCCGAGACGUACGCGAUCAUUGUCGCGCUGGGCUUUUGCCUCGUUUUGCAAAUGCAUUUUCUCAACGGCGGUCUUGUCAACUACGACGCGCUCUCCGUCGUCCCGAUCUACCAAGCGUACUGGAUCAUUAGCGGUGUCAUGGGCGGCGCCGUGUACUUUGAAGAGAUUCGGUCGUUCAGCGAGUUUCAAGCCAGCAUGUUUGUGCUGGGCAUAUUGACGACAAUCGGGGGCGUCGCGCUCUUGGCGCAGCGGUCGCUAAGCGCGCCGCCACCGACGCUCAAGAAACGCCGCAGCCUCGCGACCUCCCAGCGCAACAUGAGCUCAUAUUGGCACAACCCCAAGCCCGUGCCAGGUCAGACCGAGCCGACGAUCGCCGAGGAAGAGGGCGACGGAAGCAACAGUGACGAGGCGACGUCGGCCGUGACCACCGCGCCAGACGACGCAACUACAUUACCUGGCGACAGGACCGCGGUGGCGCAAGACGACGACGAGACGGACGACGAGACGGUGAACCGCCAAGCCAUCGACAACUUUCUCAACAUGUCGCCGAUGGGAACGCUCCUCAUGGGCUACAGCAGCCAGCGCAACCUCGGCAUUUUCUUGCGGCGAGAGUCGAGCAACCCGAUGGCGACGCGGGAUGACAUUGAGAUUGGCCUCCCGCCGACGAGCUUGGGCGACGACGGCGAGGCCAAGAAGCCCAAAAGGCGGUCCAUUACCUUUGCGGGCUUCAAGUCCACUGCCAAGAGCACCCUCGAGUAGUCAGACGACUCUAGUUUCCUUCCAACUAUGUAUUUCAGCCGUACGCCUCGCCACUACGUUUGAAAUAGUACUAUCGCAAAAGGACA